AGUAUAAUAUAAAUUCUUCAUUCUGGCAAUAAGUGCAUCAUCGCGAGAGUGACGUAUGAACGGCAGAAGAGACGAAAACGAAAGAAAAGCCUUUCUGUGCCGUUGUUAUCUUCUAUCGUACUUGAAGAAUGGAGACAAACGGCCAGGCUAAUGGGCUUAAAUCAAAAAAGAAAGAAAACGGAGACGUCAAGGACAACCUAUGGUCUUCGAUAUUAGAAGAGGUUCAAAACCAAGGGAACACAAAACUACCUUCAAACAAAAAUGUUUUAGUUUUGGGUGACAAUGAGACUGGUAAAACUACAUUGGUAGCGAAAUUACAAGGGGUAGAAGACCCUAAAAAGGGUUCCGCACUCGAAUAUGCUUAUAUAGACGUUAGAGAUGAAUAUCGAGAUGAUCAAACACGUCUCAGUGUAUGGGUGCUGGACGGAGAUCCAGGGCACACAAACCUCCUCAAGUUUGCCCUCAGCGAGGAGACAUUCCCUCACACGCUGGUCCUCCUCACGGUCGCCAUGACAACGCCGUGGGGUAUACUAGACCAGUUACAGAGCUGGGCAUCCGUGCUUGGCGACCACAUAGACAAAUUAGAUCUCACUCCAGAACAAAGGUUACAAAGUAAAAAGCAACAAGUACAGAAAUGGCAGAGGUAUACGGAGCCAGGAGACGAGCUGGAGCCCACAGCCUCGUCCCCCAUGAAGAGGUCCUCCAGAAACCUAUCGGACGACUUCGAAAACGGGGACGAUGACGACAGCCCAUUACCAGAAGGAGUACUUACUACUAAUCUAGGUCUUGAUAUUGUAGUUGUGGCAACUAAGACUGACUACAUGAGCACUCUAGAGAAAGAACACGAUUAUCGCGACGAGAAUUUUGACUUCAUGCAGCAAUGGAUCCGAAGGUUCUGUCUACAGUACGGAGCUGCACUGUUCUACACCAGCGCCAAGGAAGACAAGAACUGCGACCUGCUAUACAAGUACCUUACUCAUAGGAUAUAUGGCCUGCCCUUUAGGACACCUGCUCUUAUCGUCGAAAAGGAUGCCGUUUUGAUACCGGCUGGCUGGGACAGCAUGAAGAAAAUUAGUAUAUUAUACGAGAACAUGCAGACUUGUAAGCCAGACGACUACUACAGAGACAUCAUCGUGCAGCCUGUUAUACGGAAAAGCGGGGCGAAUCGCGAGGCCGAGGUCCAGGCGGAGGACGAGCAGGCGUUCCUGCAGCGCCAGCUGGCCGCGCUGCAGGCCGGCGCGCCCGCCCCGCGCGCUGACUCCCCGCUCCGCGCCACGCAGCGCUCCGCCGCGCAGUUGGACGGCGCAAAGAUCGGCAUGGGUCCAGGCACGCCGGGCAACGAGGGCGUGCUGGCGAACUUCUUCAACUCGCUGCUGUACAAGAAGACAGGGUCCCCGGCGGGGCGCGGCGACGCGUCGCCCGCGGCGGCCGCGGCGCGCUCGGACGCGGCGGCCGAGCUCGACCGCCUCACGCGCGCCAAGCCGCGCCCCGCCGCGCCGCCGCCGCCCAUCGACCUCAACUCCUCCACCGACUGCUAGCGCAGUCUCGCGGGUAGACGUAGUGCGGCGGGCUUAAGGUCCGUAUUGGCGCCGACGCCGCCGAUAUCUCCUCCACGCUGGCUUGUACUGCAGUCGUCGGCCACUCGGUAAGCGCUAACGUUACACAAGAGAUUCCACGUGGCUUACAUCGGCGACAUACGUAUUCGGUUUAUACUUAACACGUGGUCACACGGAUUUUUGAAAGAUUGCCUCUAAUAUUCCAACGUAUCUCUCCUUGCAAACGCAUAAUAAAUAGUGAUAAGUCUCAUUUUUGACAUGUCCUUUAGUUUUUAAGGCAGCGUCAGUUUCAGUUUGCAAAUAUCAGAUAUUUAACCGACUGCGUAUAAUGUAACAUUUCAAAUGCUAUAUUCUCGUCGAUAAAUUAUCAGAUGCGUAAAGUAUAAGACACUGGUGUUGCCUUAGGAGAUUUUCUAACUGCUUUGCUAUUUCAAUUCACAUUUACAAAGUACUUACCUUACCGCCCCAUAAUCAAGCGAAUCUCUAGAUAAUCGUAGAUACAACGAACCCGUAUAGUUUUAAACACGAAGAUAGAUGAAUAUAAGUAGCUGAUAAUUUAUUAAGGCAGCUGUAAUGUGUCAGUCUUUCAAAAACCGUUGUAAAUGUCGGCGAGAGUUUUACACUGCGAUUAAUGUUGCCAAUUUACAUUUUUAUGUAAAAAAAAGUAUUAAAUGUGUUAACAGAAUGAAUUGUUAUGAAGGCUGUCCUUUGUGUACUUGAAUUUUCAAUAUAUUUUAACGUCUAUUGGUGAUUUCAAGCUCUGUGUAUUAUUUUGCGCUAACAAAUUUUCAGUUUGCGCAAAGUUGCGCAUAAUUAAGUCGACUUAAGUAAUUGAGUCUAUUGUCUUGUUAUUAUAAGCGAUUAUAAUUCCAGUUACAAUGUAUUUCAUUUUUUAACUUUUCAAAUUAGACAGACCGAUAAAAUAUUUCAAUAUAUUCAUCAAAAUUAUCAAGUAUUAUUCUCACAGUAUGCAACUCUCUGUCGACAUGCCACGGCAUAGAAUCGCCACGAUAACCAACCAUGGCGAUUAGUGAUUGUAUUAUGUAACGACAAUUUAGAUUUUAUAAUAAUUAAUAAUAUUGUAAAAUUAACUCGAAAGGGCUCGGGACAUUUUGGGUUUGAGAUUUGGUACCUAGAACAACUGUUCACUUACAUCUUGAUUUAAAAUGAAUCUAGUCUAGAAAUUAGUCUUUAUGAAGUUAAUCGGAAAUGUUAAGCUAAUAUCUAAACUAGGUUUUUGUUAAAUCAAAAUUUUGGUGAACGUAGCGAUUAUCUUUGUAAAGUGAGACUCCUUUGAAUAACCCAUUACUCGAGUCGGGCAUAGUGUUAUUGAGGUUCCCGACAAUAAAUUAUAAAUUAAUCGGUAUAUGGAGUCUAAAUGACUCGCUCUCUAUUAUGCCGGCACCACACUCGUGCGAGUCGAGAUGAGGUCGAGAUACAUUGUCGUUAUUCUAACAUGACUGUAGUCCUUCUCGCAUUAUAAGACUGCAAUGUAUGUCGGACACUUGUCCACUCACGCGAGAGUGUGGUACCCGCAUUACAUGUGACUAAAGUAAAAAUUUUAGUAAAAAAAAGUUAAUAAAAACGGUUAGAAACUUCAGUAUUUAUAUAAAUAUUAGAGUUAUGCAUUAUAGCUUGCAGUUUUUUUAGUAGAUUUUGUCAUUCCAACUUAAAUAUCGCUUUUAUGUUGUAGGUAAAAUGCACAUACUUCCGAUAUUCCAACGCAUUUUUGCUUUGCUAAAACACAAGCUUAUAGCACGUAAAAUAAGGUUUAAAGUCAGUUCAAACUAUAUCAGAGUCGUAGCGCAUCGAAACGUAAAUUUGAUACGUCACAGAGCAAAUUCACCCUUAUGUCCAUAACAAAUAACGCACGUAUUUCCUGAUAUGAUUUUUUUUGUCUCAUAAGGAAAAAUGUCCAUUAUUUGUUAAGAUCCAAGGUUGAAUUUGCUAUGACAUUCCAGAUUCAUACUUUAAUGCACUUCGAAUCUGUAUUAGUUAUUGAUUCUAAAGAAAAAAAAGUUGCAAUCUUUGCUGCCUAUAUUAUUAAAUAAAAUCGAAAUACCCAAAUGUCUCAGCCCUAGGUAUAGGAACAACUAUCAUACAUUUCCAUUUCUAUCGAAACUAAAUGCGACUUUAAUUUUCUAAUUAAAACGCAGCGUUUAUUUGUAACAUUUGUUUUAUGAUAUUAAAAUAAGUAUUUAUUUAGAUAGUCUUUUAUGUGAGUGUUGGUAACACGACUCUUUUGGGGCAAAAACAAAUAAUAAAUCGAAAUAAACUACUUAAAUGAAAUUAAUUGCCACAUAUAUUGAUUUUUUAACGUCUGUGGACCGGUGUGAACUGUCAAAUAGCAGCGAAAAGCAAACAGAACAGUCUUUAUUGUCAAAAUAAAGAUGUAACCUGUUUGACAGAAUGUCCAAGAAAGUCUUUUAAUAGCAACACAAUUUUAAACUACAAUGCUUACCGAAUAAAGUCGAUUUUGUAAUGAAAUUCAUUCAACGAUUCAUUCUGUCUACUUACAAAGUGUUGAUAUUGCCCAAAGAGGAUCGUGUUACUGAACAUUUAUUUGGAAAACGACACGAAAUAAAAAAAAUAAUCCUAGUGAAAGGUUUUGUUAUCAUCUGAGAUUAUGGAAGUCUCGGCGAGAUCUUCCCGGAAGACUGGCGGUGCAAUGACAGAUGGUUUUAUGCACAAUGAAGUCACUAUUUGUACAAAACAUUCAACAGUAUAUGGCUAAUUAUGUUCGUUGUAAAACAUUUUUUUUAUUAAUUGUUUUUGCUCACCUGUAUUUUAGAUUCGCUUCCGUAAUUGGACUCAAUGGUGACCUUUAUUGUGUUGUGGUAACCGAAUUUAUUUAUUAUGGAAAUAUAUUAAUUAUUUGGAAUUAUUUUUUUACUACCCCAAUCCUUAUCUAUUGUUGUUUUUUACAUUGUGACUGUAUUAAUUGGAUUUUGUUCACAUGUGGUGCAAUACUGAACAUUCCAAACCUGGUUUGGUGCUUAUUGUAAUAGUAAAAUUAUUAUUAAUUAUAUAAUGGAGUUUCAUUUAACGUUUCUUGCCUGCGCUCUCUCUGAUACACGUCUAUCGGACGGCUUGCAUUAAAGGUCACUAUUAUUCCAACAAAUACAUUCUAAUUUAAACCAAAAAAUACAUUCUGUAACGAUAAAAGUACGGAUUCAUAUCUUAGAGUACUUAACAGUUUAGUAAAUCCAAAUGGUAAUGAAACACAGAAGUAAGAGCAUUGCUUUUCCUUAACUUAAUAAGUAUUUAUAUCGAUUAAUAAAAUAUCUUUCAAUUUAUAACUUAUUAACGAAUAGCUUAGGUAUUAAUUAAUUUUAGCAACGUGUUUUUUGACAAACUUAUAAUACGCACGCCUUUUUGUUAGUUUUAUCUCCAUUCUGAGUUAUUAAAUUCCUGGCAGCUAAUAAUGUGUGAAAUUUUAAUCCAAUAUCAAUAAAAUGACAUUAUGAAAUGUUUAAAGUGAAUUAUUGCUGUUAAAAUUUACUUAAAGAAUAUAACAAGAUAACAGCUUUUUUAGUUCAUCUAACAGAUUUUACUCAGUAUAGUUAAGCAUAAAUAAUUUUGUCAAAAUACACAAAAUAAAUAUGUUAAUAAUAAUAAACUCAUUUGUAUGAUAGGGGGCGAAGUAUUGGCAAGUUUUGAUAUGAAAUAUUUGUACAAGUAAAUGAUGUGGUUUGAAGCUAAAGGCUGGAUUAUUGUCUAUUUUUAUAAGAGGGAUUAAAUGUUAGGUGGCUAAAAUGCAUAAUUAUAACAUAGACAUAUACUAUAUGUGAGCUGUGAAGGGUUUCUUCGAUCACUUAAAUUGGAUCAUUUAAUGUUGGUCUGUUUGUCUACCUAUGUAGUUGGUAGAAGUAAUAUCUUCGUGUUAACGUGGUCGUCUAUUUAUACGUAUAAUAUUUAUUAUGGAUAGUAAUCAAGUAUUUUUAUAUAAUUGCAUUGUAUCCCUAUGUUUUACACUUGACAAAAUUCGUGUACCUAACCAACCAUGAUAAUAUUAAUUCGAUAAUUCACGGUCGCAGAUAACUUUUGCUCAUUUACUUUUCUAUAUUUUAACAUUAUUUUAUAUACUAGUCAAAUAACAGUUGGUUUUAUAUUGAUUAACGACUACCUACAUCUCUUUCUGUGAUAUAUUUUUUAUGUAGAACAAAAUGAUUUCCUUGUAACAUGUUCUCUGCAUCAUGUAUUAGCCACAUAACAUCCUCAUAUAGGCAUAGAUUAUUGUUGUUUCCCGCUCAACUGUUAUGAGAAAGACAAAUUCCUUUCUGUUGAACUUUGUUUAGUUUAUUAAAAAAAAACGCAACUAUAAAUUUUAUUCAUAAUUUUUCCGAUAAAUUAAAAAGUAUUUAUGUAUUAAAAUAGACUUUGAUAAAUAGUUGGCUGUUUAACAAAACAAUGCCAUUUUGGUUGUAAUUCAUAGAGUUGAAGCUAUAAGGCUUAGUGAUUAGUUAGAUUCUCAAAAGAUAAUUUUUGUUACGCUUUGCAAUAGGUUAGAUUCCAAUAUUUAAUAGCGAAAACAUUUUAGUUUAACAAUGUUAUUUAAAUAAAAAUAUUACUAAUUUAUAAGCGAUGCGCGAUGGUCUAAUGGCCAAGAUCGAACGAUUAAUUUGUAUUUGAGUGUAUAAAAAUUUUAUGAAUAUAUGAAAUUUUAAAAAUUGUAAUAAAAUGCAGACAGUAGGCAUCCAUAUGUACUGGUGACAUUAUCAUUAUGUUCUCCAUCUCACUAUUUGGGUGUAUUCUAUCGGAGAGAAGCUUUGUGGCCCAAAGAUUUAUGCUCAUAACGGCGUCUUAUGAAAGUAAUUAAAUGAAAUACCCUAUUUCAUUUGAGAAAUUGAUUGUGAUUAAAAUAUGGUUGAAUUAUUUAUAAUACUAAACCACUUUUUAUCACCACUAAAGUCCCAGUAUCUUCUCCAAACUAAAUUGUGUAUAGUUUCAUUCUAAUCGGCAACUAUGACUAACAAUUUUAAUAAUAAACUUGCUGUUAACAAAAUACACAGAUGGCGCUCUUAGCGUUUUAGGUCUAGCUUAACCCACACCUCAUACAAAAGUUAAUAUUUGUAUAAUAAAGAUAGAAAAUUGGUAUAAAUCUUUGGUUCCGAAACUUCAAAAUCUUAUCGCACACUCAUCUCUGUAAAUUUAUUUCCUUUACAGAGGUUAUGCAGUGAAAUAUCAACACUUAUUGUAGCGGCGGUUAUGUCUAAUGUAAGCUUAUAGGAGAUACUAUGUACAUAAUUUGAAUAAACUAGCAUGGAAACUGUUCUGAUCAAUUU